AUGGCGGAAGAUUUUGAUAUGGAGAGUUUACUUGAGUCAAUGAAUUUGACUGGUCAAUCGCAACCAACAACAAUGCCUAACGUAUCUGAUCCAUCUCUGGAUAAUCAGAUCUUAAAUGAUUUAACUUUUGGGUCGGAUGCUUUUCUCAGCUUGAAUUCAACAUCGUCGGAUGAUAUUCACAAUGCUCUUAUCGAUUCACCUUCAGCUUUAUUCACCACUACCCCGCAACACUCAUUCGAGUCCGAAGACAUAGCUUCAUUAAUUUCCUCGAAUAUUGGUGAAGUGCCAAGACAAAACUCUAUUGAAGAUACCUUCGAACAUAUGAAUAUCAAUCCAUUGCCAACAGAUUUUAUGUUGUCGUCAUCAUUUUCCACUCAAGUUGGCAGUUCGCCUGUGGAGCCCCAGGCAUUUGAUAAUGUUGCUGCUGCUCGACAAUGUGUCCGAAAUCAACAGCGGCUACACAAAAAUGCGUCGAAAUUGAAAAAGAACUCUGCUGGCCGUCAUACUUCUUCGUCCGUCGCUCCAAUUGAUAUACUUGCUUCGUAUGGUGGAUGUCAACCUUGUUCAUCAAUUCAAAUCAAUACUGAGUUUGAUUUUCAACAGCAAUUGCUUCAAUUCGACUCACUCGAUUCGAAACAGAUCAAAAUUCGAUGUCAACCACGAAAGCAAUUUCGCCCACGGACGCAGAAUGAAAGCAAAACUGCCACACACUAUCUUCGUUGUGAACAACUCAGCGAACAUGAAUAUCCCACCAUUGAUAUCUCUCCAAAAUGGCCUAUGGAAUCGGUCAAUAACAUCAUUGAAGUUACCCUUGUCGCCAAGGAUAAACAGCCUCAUUGUUACACGAUCGAUAACAGGCAAUGUCAACCUAGAUACGAGGAAAAUACCUUAAUUUUCCGUUUGAAUGAACCGCAAUCCUUAUAUUUUCGCGUAACACCUGAGGAUAUAUCAAAAGGAUAUAAAAGCUUCAUGAUUGAAUACAUCAAAGGUAAACAGGAUGACUUUCUCACCAAAAAUUUAAUUAAACAACGCGAAUUGGAACAAUCAAUGCUACGGUUCACACGCUAUUUCGAAACGGAAAAAGACAGUUUUCAACGUGAUGAAGAUAGUGUGGCAUAUUCUUGCGUUAUGACGGAAGGUUAUGGCGAUGUCUGUGUGGAACAUAUCGGCCCACAGUAUGGGCCCAUAUGUGGGAAUGAAAGAGUGUAUGCUGUAUUGAAAGGUCGUGUGCUGAAGGAUGACAUCACCGUAUUCGUCGGAAUCGGAGCCACAACCUGGCGACAAUCAGUAUCAUUCACGAAGAGUGGAAAUGUUAUCUACUUUUCGAUGCCACCAUUUCCAUGUCCACAAGUUGAUCAGGGUGUUGCAUAUAUAGAAAUCUUUUACAAAGGAGAAGAGCUUCAUAAAUCGAAUUAUCUAUACAAUGGUUCAUUAGAUCAAGUACUAGCAGCACUCAAUUUGGGCAAUUCAAAUGCAGUAACAAAUGCUUCAUCACUCUCGAAUACAUACGAUGUAUUAGAGAUGAUCUCAGCUACCGGUGUGCGUCCAGUCAUUUCAUCAUCCAGAACGGCUAAGCGUCCCAAACGUUUAGUCCAUUCUUAA